AUGUUGACAGUUUUUUCCCUGCUACUUAUUCUGGCUGUAGCAGAUGGCCGACGAGAAGUGAGUCAAGGUGUGGACGAAAAAUCAAAAGACGAUUAUUUGGACGAAAAAUCAAAAGACGAUUAUUUGGACGAAAAAUCAAAAGACGAUUAUUUGGACGAAAAAUCAAAAGACGAUUAUUUGGACGAAAAAUCAAAAGACGAUUAUUUGGAUGAAAAAUCAGAAGACGAUUACAGUUCAGACUACUCAGAUUCCGCUAGCGAUGGUUUAACAGGAUUUGCCAAACGACCUUUCGACUUAAUUUUGCAGUAUUGUCUGUAUGUCUGUCCUUGUGCCCCUGUACUUUCACAAUUUAUUUGGCUAAACAGAGAAAGGAUUAAAGGAAAGUCAGUCCUAGAGAUAGGAGCUGGAACUGCCUUACCAGGCAUUGUGGCUGCCAAAUGUGGUGCUAAUGUCAUUCUCAGUGACAGCAACAGUUACCCACAGUGCCUUGAUAUUUGCAGAGAAAGUGCUCAGCUAAAUGGUGUACCAAAUGUUGCUGUAGUAGGAAUCACAUGGGGUGAAAUCACUUCAGUUUUAACUGACCUUCCUAAUAUAGAUGUUAUACUUUCUUCAGAUUGUUUUUAUGAUUCAAAAGAUUUUGAAGAUGUAAUUAUGACACUGUCAUACUUGCUACACAAAAACCCUACUGCUGAAGUUUGGUGUACUUACCAAGAAAGGAGUUCAGAUAGAAGUAUUGAAUAUUUACUGGACAAAUGGCAGCUGAUGGGAGAAGAAGUUGACACCCCUGAUAUGGACUCACUAGAGACAAGUUUCCAAGGUCACACAAAGCAUACAAUUCAUUUAUUUAUCAUAAGGAAAAAACAAGAUCUGCCACCACUUGUAUCAUAAAAUGGAUUGUCUAAAAAGUAUACCUUGGAUU